AUGGCCCAGACAGCGGAUGUCGACAAGGUCGCACGGCUCCUGACAGAGUCCCAGCUCGGCGGCGGCAACGCCAAGAUCGACCCUGGCCAGUUUUCCCGCGUGGACCGAGACGCCGCCUACAGGAUCAUGGCUGCGGUGCAAAAGGCCUUGGGAGAGGAGACGGGAAUGUACAAGACGGCCAUCCUCCCGGACGGCGUCGGGGUCGCGGCACCAAUCUACAGCUCCCGCAUCGGUCAGAGCCCGGGCUUUGCCUUUCCGGGCGACAAGCUCAACAUCAAAGGCGUCGAGUUCGAGGUUGGAGUCAAACUGGCCAAGGACAUCCCUGCGGACGCAGACAAGACGACCAUCGCCGCCGCCGUCGACCACUACUACCUCGGCGUCGAGAUCGUCGGGACGCGCAUCGCCUCCACGGCCGAGGUUCCCCGGGCUCCCCCGCCGUAUGGCCUUGCCGACAACCUGUCGGGGUUGGGAUAUGUCUUCGGUCGAGUCUACGACAGGGAGCCUCCCGUAGACGGCGUACCUGUAUCGUUUGAGGUUGACGGCAGAGUCGUCGACAGCAGGCCGGCUAAAUGCCCGUUUGAGGGCGGGAUGCUCGCCACUCUGGUGGCUUACGCAAAAUCCCAACAGCCGCAUCUUCCACUUAAGGCCGGCAUGUUCGUCACGCUUGGGUCUGUGAACGGCUGCAUACCUCUCCCACAGGGCACCAAGGGACGGGUAGUUGGUAGGCUGGGCGAUGAGACCCCGGUUGAGUUCGUAAUUCAAUGA